AUGGAAAAGUUUCUCCAUUUCUUGUUGCUGCUGUUUAACAUCUCGGUUUGUAAUGGUGAUCCUCGACGAGUUGGUCGGUAUCAACCUCCGAAACCAAGAUUUGAGGUAUUCGACCCCCAAGGAUUAAUAGUGUGGAUUAACGCCGAUCCUGGGAUAAGCUCGUUUACCUUUCACGGAAAACUAAAUCAACAGUUUUCCCAAUCUUACGAUGUGGGUCGCUGGGCACAAACGAUUACAAAGGUGAAAAAUGGCCGAUAUUUGUUAAUCGAUCGUGAGGCGAAACUUGUGCCUGGUGAUAUGAUUUACUAUCGUACGAUCAUUGUGCGUAAUGGUCAAACGUAUCGUACAAGUUCAGGAUCGUUCACAGUGCGGGAGCUAAGACCCGCCUCAACUACCCCUGCACCUGCCACCGGACUGACCUUUCGUUCCGGAGCUGACGAUGCUGAUGAUGAUGACGAUUAUGGUCCCUUCGUCCACGGAACGAAUGAUCGCCGAACAAAAGAUGUACGAUCAACAGCGACUCAAACCGAGCUCGAUAAUGGCAUGGAUGGAAACUGUUUGCCGGGAAUUACAACUGUGAAUGGCCGUGCGGUAUGUUCAGGACAGCUGCUUUUCGAGGAUAAGUUCGACGGACGAGCGCUGGAUCAACGAAAAUGGCGCCUAGAGAACCGCUUCGCUUCCGAGCCGGAUAAUGAGUUUGUUGUGUAUGCUGAUUUUAAAGAAAAUGUGUAUUUAAAAAGUGGAAACCUGGUCAUCAGAGCUACGCUGUUCGAAGAUAAAUUUGGUCCGGGCUCAACGAACAACCAGUUCCGCUUUGCUGAUGAGUGUACCGGCGAUCGAAGCUCGCGGGAUUGUAUACGGGACACGAAAAUUGAUUUCGACAUGAUACCACCGAUACUUACGGCGCAAGUGUCCACUAUCAAUAGCUUCCGUUUCACCUAUGGAAAGGUGGUGAUCCGUGCGAAACUACCACAAGGGAAUUGGAUUUUCCCACCAUUUGUACCUGGUGGUCCUCGACUCACGAAUCAGCUUUCUGGAGGUUUGCUGAUAAGUGAUACCGAACCGUUACGCUGCUCAAAAAUGUGCACUCUGACCAGGGAUAUCCAGUGGAACGCAGAUUACCACGAGUACGGUUUAAAGUGGACACCGGAAGGAGUGUGGAUGGAGGUGGACGGCGAAGUUUACUGUUUCAUAGAUCCUGGUGAAGGACUGCACCGGAACAUCGAGUCACAACGUUCGCAAAUCGCAAGGCUGUGGCGUUUAAGCGGCAACCGAAUGGCUCCAUUCGAUAAGGAUUUCCACGUGGUUUUGGGCAUCGGCGUGGGUGGCCACUAUGAUUUCCAUCAGUUCGGGGAGAAACCCUGGAAAGAUUUGGGUGUGAAGGCAAUGUAUACGUUCUGGAAAGCCAAAGAUCGAUGGCAUUCCACGUGGACUGCGAAUAGCACAUUAAUGGUGGAUUAUGUGCGAGUGUAUGCCGUGUAAAGGCCCGCAUGAAUAUUCAAAUAUUCCCGCGAAUAAAGCUGCUUUCCUAUCGAGCGCGUUUUA